CCCCCACGGGCACCGUGGAAACCAGGCCAGCUCUCUGGCAGUUCCCACAUGCAGCCUAUGGGAUAAUAUCUUGAUAAUAUUGGUCUAUUGCUAAAGAAACUUCCGACAGCGCUCAAUCAAAAGCCGCCACUAGCGAUAAUAAUACGUAGUAGACUACUGUCUAGCCAUCGCUUGACUGCUCCUUAAUUUUUUUGAUCCUUCUGCAACUUCAAUUUGGUCUGUUAUUAUUCUCUUGGGUACACCAUCUCGCUUUUCACCAGCAGACAGCUGGUUCCCUAGAAAGUGGCCACGAUGCUCUUGUUAGUAUAUCAGGCUCUGCUCUCUGGGCUCCUGGUGCUGGCACCAACCGUUCAAGCUCAAAGAUCCAGUAUCCAGACCAAGGAUGUCGGCAAUUGUUCUUGUGGCUACUAUGACGAUGAAGCCAAGAUCCUGUUUACAGAGUCUUCGAUUGUUUACUUCAAUGAGUCCAGUGGAAUCCCGACAGAUUUUGUCGUGGAAGAAUUCGCCCACCGAUAUGACCGAGGCUGGAAUUCAUUGUAUCGUCAAGGCGCUUCCAUCAACAAUGUCCAAAUCGCCAAUGACAGCACAGCGCGAAACCUGACGAGCUUGCAAAUGUCCUGCGACCCUUCUGAUGACGAACACUUGGUCGUUGGGUCCAGCAUCCGGACAGCUCGUCAGGAUAUCUUUUUUGGCUCGUUCCGCAGUUCACUCCGACCGGCGCGUUCAUGGCAAAGAGGCUCUGUGAUAUCGAUGAGCCUGACAUAUAACCAGACCGAGAGUUGGGAGAUAGAUGUCAUGAACACUGACAACAAUACCCAGGCCUGGGUGUCGAUGUUGAUGCAGGGUCAAUUUCCUAAUACAUGGCUCGGCGCGAAUUUUACCAACCUAACUCUAGAGGGCUUCCAGCCUUGGUUUUAUGAGGAAUACCGGGUUGACUGGACGCGAGACUCGCUGAACUACUAUAUCGGGGGGGUUUUACAAAAGAGCUACAACACAUCUGUUAACUCAAGUAUUCCAGCCACACCAGCUCCGUUGCACUUCCAGCAUUGGUCUUUGGGCAACAAAUACAGCUCCCAGGGACCUCCAUUGAGCACCAACCAGGCCAAUAUUGGAUGGACACGUCUAUUUUUCAACUCCUCAGCCAUGACGGAUGACGAACAUGCCGCUUUUAAUGCUAGAUGUUCUAUUCAAGAUGCUUGUUUAAUGAGUGAUAACUCACUGCGUGGAGCUUCUGCAUAUGGACCUGAAAGUGCGGAGCCGUGGACGCAGUCUCAGCCGCCAUAUGAGAUUAAAUGGGUACCUCUCAUAAUCGAUAUCAUCUUUGCUGCUGCUUUCAUUGUCCUCACCAGCAAGACUCUUUGGCGCCGAUUUAGUUGGCACAAACUUCUUGUGCUUCUGGGAGUUAGGAAACGAGAGGAGCCAAAGCCGAAAUCGUUCUCUGCAGACGAACCCUCAGUUAAGAAGGAGAAGGAAAAGUCGCUAUCGCUCGACGGUAGUGAGACUUCUCAUUCUCAAGAUGGAGAUAAUGGUUCGACGCUGCCACGAAAUGCAUCCUACAACACUCUAAAUCUUCCGCCAUACAAGGGAACUCAAACUCCGGCACCGCAAUAUCAAACACCAGCGGCUUCCCGUCGGCCAUCGCUAUCCAAUAUGACCCAAAACUCCUUUAACGGUCCAUUUGGUACUACCAACGUUACUCAAGGCGAAUCAUCUCGAGCAGCAUCACGGGCACCCUCUAUCCAUGGCGUGGGUAGUUCAGAGCCUACCUCACCUCAGUCUACUGCGCAGGUCGCUAUUCCAGAAGCAAACGAUUCAAAUGAGACUCAGCCCAAAGCCGCAGAGACAAAACCCGCUGAAAAAGCUGCAGCAGUUGGAAAGGACGGAAACCCCGCGGCAGGUAGUGCACGCCCACCAAGAAUAGACUACUUAGCAGGCUUCAUUUCUAUUAGUUGUCUUCUGGUCACUGCCAAUCAUUUUGGACUUACCUACUUUGGCGGUGUUAUCAGCCCUGAUACAGAUACACAUUACUACAGCGAAGUUAUUGCACGAAAGAGUUUUGCUACCUACUUCCUGGAUCCGCUUUGGAUUGGGCCUUUCUUGAUGAUUUCCACUCGCUUCUUGACCUCCAACUACAUCAGGACUGGCAAGUUGGACAACAUGGCCCAAAAGGUGGUUGCUCGGCCAUUCCGUUUGCUGACACCGGUCGCCUCUAUUGCUUUCCUUAUAUACUUUCUCAUGGAUUCUGGUGCCGUCAACUGGCUCGAGUAUUUGCCAUCAGUGACCUGGUCCUUCUGGCCAUUUACUACUGUUGCUCCGAAUCCUGGGGUGUAUAUUUCAGAAAUCUUGCAACUCGCCUUUUUGAUUCCUAACGCAGCACCGAUGAUCACGAACAAUUACUGUACCGGAUCACUUUGGACAAUCCCUGUCCAGUUGCAAGGUGCAUGGCAAACUCUUCUAGCUCUGAUCAUGAUUCGCGAGUGCAAAACCCCCUGGAAACGCUUUGUCUUUUAUUUCUUCUGCACGGCCAUGCACUGGUAUGCACAUUCGUGGGGCAGCUAUUACUACGCCGGCGUGUUGCUGGCGGAUUUGGACUUGACCUUCAAGUACAAAAAAUGGAUACAGCCCAAAUGGUAUAUCUACUGGCCAUAUCUCAUCUUUUUCUCAUGUGUUGCCAUUGGUGGCUUCACAAUUGACAUGGUCGCCGUGCACACAGGUGUUCAAUACGCCGCUAUAGAAUACGGAUGGCAUCCGGAUCCUUACACUGGCCUUAGCAUUGGUCAAGCUCAACCUUUAUCCUAUCCAGACUACUUUAUCCCCCGUCUCAAUGCACUGCUUAGCACCGUGGCAAUGCAAAUGGUUGUGGAAAUUUGCCCUACAAUUCAAAAGGCUUUCUCCAUCAAGAUAUUCCAAUGGCUUUUCCCACACAUUUUCAGUGUUUACCUCAUCCACGGUUUCAUCUUUUGGUCAGUUGGCUCAUGGGCAAUGGUCUCUCUAUUCUCUUACGGUCUACCUUACUGGCUUUGCACACUGUUGACGGCAAUUGUGUCUUACGGUACUUUGUUUGCUAGUCUCCCACUGUUGACUCCUCCUAUUGAAGCUUUGGGAAAGAGCUUCACUAUGCGAUUGUGGGAGCACGCUAGUCAAGAGCCUGUUGCCAAAAAGCCAACAACGUACCCCUUUGGUGAAGAGUUUCUUACCAUGCGUGGGCAGCAGAAAUCUCCGUCAUAUUCAUUUGAUACCCCUUCGUCUCCUUCCGGUACUAUGACGCCAAUCAUUGUCAGUGAAAAGGGGAAGGAGGUGUACACGAGUUCUCGAGAGUUGUAGUAAAGUAUAUUUGUCCUGUCUUUUUCUUGUUGCGGGUUUGCUUUUGAUCUGGUGUUCUUGGUUAGACUAUUAAUAUUUUCUUUUGACGAGAGAAGCUGACUAGAAGGAACUGAUAACUGUCGCAUGAAUCACGAAGGUUGAUUUGACAACCACAUUUCACAAUAUCCAAAUCUAGAGUAGAAUGCUUGCGUUUGAAUUUAAUCUCGAUUAUCAUAACCAAUGAGUUUCCUUCAAUGGUAUUCGAGAUGGAUUCAAAGGCUUUUAUAUGAAAGCCUCAAUAAAGUAGACUUUUGCCCUAAUUCAAUUUAGAGCUACCUUGAAGCCUUUAUAAUGAACUGCCGUAAUCUAAGGAUUUGGCCCACUAUUCUUCACAAGUGGCUACUAGGAUAGUAGCUAUGGUGGAUUAGCG